AGAAGUUCCUCGAAACACUCUUCAGUCUUCGUCGUCUGCACCGGUACAGAGAGUGCCACUCACUCCGACCACUAUCUUUACUAUUCUUGAUUCUAGUAUUGUCAUUUCGCAAAAUAUUACGAAACCAACUUCUCCACUAUCAACCCCUAACUCAACACGAUGCACUUCAACACCGCCGCACCGCCAGAGACCAUGAACUAUCGGUCGCAACCCGCACAUGACUCACCCGCGAACGGUACGGCUAUUGUAGACGAGAAUGAGAAGCCCGUCUUCUUUUUCGAUAUUGACAAUUGUCUUUAUCCAAAGAGUCUCGAAAUCCACCGUAUGAUGAGCGAACUGAUAGAUAAAUUUUUUCAAGAUCACCUGAGUCUUUCACAACAAGACGCCAACGAGCUGCACUUCCGAUACUACCGAGAAUAUGGUCUUGCAAUCGAAGGACUUGUGCGCCACCACAAGGUCGACGCACUAGAGUACAACAGCAAAGUCGAUGAUGCGCUACCUUUAGAAGACGUCAUCAAGCCCAACCCGGAACUACGCAAGCUGAUCGAAGACAUUGAUACCAGCAAAGUCCGCUUGUGGCUAUUUACUAACGCUUACAUCAAUCACGGCAAGCGCGUCGUCAAGUUAUUGCAAAUCGACGAUCUAUUCGAAGGAAUUACCUACUGCGAUUACGGCUCGGAAAAGUUCUACUGCAAACCACAUGCCGAGAUGUUCGAAAAGGCCAUGGCUGAAGCGGGCAUCAAGUCGAAUGAAAAAUGCUACUUUGUUGACGACUCGUACAUCAACUGUAAAGCGGCUGAAGAACGAGGAUGGAAAACAGCACACUUGCUGGACGAAAAGGAUCCAGCGCCCGAAGUACCCGCUAGCAAGUACCAGAUCCGCAGUUUACAGGAAUUGCGCAAGAUUUUCCCUGAGGUAUUCAAGAGCUCGUGAGAAAGAAGGACUGGGGUUAAAAUAUGGAGGGUAUACCUUGUAUAGAACCGGAGUACCGACGUCUUGCCAAUAUCGGAAACCCCAUGCACCGUUAAUCAAGAUCUGAAGAGAUAGAAUUACACAUAGAAGGAUACAAUCAAUACAAGAUUCAUCACAAAGUUUGUGAAGUGG